UCUGGCUCGAUCAUAGCCCUUGACCACCUCGCGGAGAUCAGACUGUGCUGAACACCUCACGAACAACACUGGAUGGAGAACACCUCACGUUGAGCACCUUAAAGAAGAUUCCUCGCGAAGAACAUCAAUUAUUAAUCAGCCACAGAAGAAAACAUUACCGAGGUACAUGAAGAAAACGUAACUGUGUGCCUCAUAUAGAAAACGUAACUCAAUAUCACACAGAGAUUGUCACAUUGAACACGACAAAGAAAACGUUAAAAAACGUGAUCCACACGAAGAACCCGUGAAAACCAAAGAAAACAUUACUCUACAAAUCACCAAAAGUUAGUGACAAGGGAAACAACAACAUUCUGGAGCCAUUAGAAAAAAAAUAACAAUUAGAAUAAAGGAACAGCACAAUAUUGCGAGGACUGAAAACAAAAAGCAAACCAGGGCAAAACAUUCCUGCGUUACAGAACACCGAAGAACAAGUCUCUGAAGCAACAAACACGAGUGAGGUAAAGUCUCAGCCACACCAGGGCCCGUAACGCCACACGCUUCAAUAUUAUAAUUGAUCCGGUAAGAUUUUCGCCGGAGGUGAGCCAUCCAAGAGGAUAAAUUUCGAAAAGAACGAGGAACUACCUGCGGCAGAGAAACAAGGCAUCGAGAGGCUACCUGAAGGAGGAGGAGAGAGCCUCUGCAAAGACGCUUGUAGUGCUCUUGAAGGGAGAGAGAAAGGCUUACUCAAGUAGUUAUCGAUUCCCAGUUGAACUUCCUCUCCUCCUUCUACUUCUUCUCCAGUCACUGAAAGAAUGGAGAGCAUCGCAGAAGACAAGAUGAAAGUGCUGAAGAGGACUUUCACCAUGUUUGACCAGGAUAGGUCAGGCUUCGUGCCCACCAAUAAGAUAGUCGCCAUCCUCAACACCCUUGACAUCAAGUUUACCCACGAGGACGUCACCAAGAGGAUCAAGGUCAUAGAUGCAAACAAGGAAGGAAAGGUCAACUUCGAUAAUUUCGUCAAUAUCCUGAGCAAGUAUAUGGUGGAUGAUGAGUACGACGAUGAGGCCAUGUACGGCGAACUUAAGGAGGCCUUCAGACUCUACGAUAGGGGAGGCAAUGGCUACAUCACCACCAGCACGCUGAAGGAGAUCCUAACGGAACUGGAUAACAAACUAUCGGACGAAGAUCUGGACGGUAUCAUAGAAGAGAUCGACGAGGAUGGCUCAGGCACCGUCGACUUUGAUGAAUUCAUGGAGAUGAUGACAGGUUAGAGAGAUGUGCCUGGAAGUGACCUAAUUCGUCUUCAAGAUAACUACUAGCUCACCUUCAAGUCGAAUCCAAGUCGAACACUGUCUGAGUCUUCAGUCCCUUCUAGGUCUCCUCGUGGUCCUUUUGUCUCGCUUUCUGAUCGAUUAAUUUCCAGGUUACCACGGCCAAUCACGUGUUUCUGAGAAGAGAGAAGAACAUUGCAUUAUCAACAUUACCAACACCUGUCAAUGAAAAGACUGAAUAACGUUACGCAUCACCAACUCUUCUCUUAUAAAACCCACAAAAGCUAUACCAAAAAAUACAAAACUUUUUUACUUUAACAACUCCUAAACCUUUAUAAGUAUCUUAAAAAUUAGGUAAUAUGUUGAUCGAAGUAGCUUAAAUGAUUCCUAAGUUACUUGAAUGCCAAAAUCGAAUUACAUAAUGCUGUUGAGUAAUUCUUUCUCAGUGGGUCACCUUGAAACAGCUAUUGACACAAGAGAAGAGGAAAAACCCAAGUCGGGUUAUAUGGAAGUCAGGUCAUUCACUUGGGUUAAUUAUCUCCUAAGAAAUUAAGGUUAAAGAAGAAUUUUUGACUCGAUGUAACCUAAGCUAAGUGGGUGAAAAUGAUGUUCCAGAUGGUUGUAAAUGAUAUCUGAACAGCUGUAAAUAAUGACCUGGACGGCUGUAAAUAAUGACCAGGACGGCUGUAAAUGAAGACCUGAACAGCUGUAAAUGAUGGCCUGUGCUAUGAUGCAGUAUUCUCUUGUCUUUCUUUAGCUGCUUCAUUUCCCUUAUUCACUGUAAGAAAAUAACAGCUAAUAAUUCUGCCUUUUAACUCUUUUUAUUUGUUAUAAUUUGAUUAAUUUGUUUAGAAAAAUAAUAUACAUACAGUAUACUGUAUAUCUUUCGUGAUUUUCACCUAUUGUUUAUGUAUAUACAGAAUAUGUAAAAAUAAAUAAUUAAAUUUCCUUUUUUGUUACAAUUCCUUGUUUUGGUAUUUUGUUGAUUCGCAGAAAUAAACAAUGAGUAUUUUUCAGUCUUUUCUCUCGAUUGGUUAUGUUCAUUAAAGCACUAUUAAUGAUCUUGUUCUUAUGCCCAUUUAUAUUAAAUAACUGUGUUGUUGCAUUUUGUGUCUUCUUUUAAAGUAUAAAUAAAGAUUGCUAAUCAA